AUGCCGGAAUAUGAAAAUAUCGAUGAGGAUCAUAUUGUGCCCUGCUUUCCGUCAACCUCUGCAAGUUCUCCUGAGUUUUCGAAAAAAACAGAAGCUAUAAGUGAGGCGACAUCUAAGAAGCGCUGUGGAUCGAAAAAGAAAAAAAGCAAUUUUUUUCCAGCUUUUCUCUUGCAGGCGAAAGGAAAAAGGCGAUUAUCAGGUUUUCAAUGUUUUUUUCUUUUCAGUAAUCUAAAUUUUUUUAAUCCAAAACUACCGUUCAAAGUUAGCUUUGGCGAAAAAUUAAUUUUUUUAGCCAUUUUUUUCACGAGAAAAUUCAUUAGCCGUAAUUUUUUUAGCUUUUAAUUAUAUGCCAUUUUCGGAAUAGUUUCGCGGGUUCAGAAAUCGCAGAAAGCGAAGCCUAAUUAAAAAAAAUUUUUUUCAGAGUGAUAAACUUUAUUCAAGGUUUUAUUUUGGGAUAAGCAAGAGGCGGUAAAUUAAUUAGUUUAUCGAAUUCAUCGAAGUUUUUUGUUAGUUUAUGCUAUCAUAACACGGCAAUCAAAGUAUUAUUUCUCGUAUAUAGAUUUAAUUCUAUCUAUUUGAAUUUCCCGUUAUUUCAUGGCUCUUGAAAUCUUAUUCAAAAAAAAUUUGAAACUAUGAAUAACAUUCUAAAAAAAAAUCUACAUAGGUUUUAUAAAAAUUAAUUCCGGGAAAUUCGAAAAAUCCGCUCGAUAGUGAGAAAAAAAUAACUACAUUUUGAAAGACCCAAAAUAGAUGAUGACUUCUGCGAAAUUUGAAAAAUAAUAGAGAGAAAUUUUUUUAUUAAUGUAUACCAUUUCAGCAUUCAAAAUUAAGUACUCGAAGAGGAUAUCGCUUUCUCUGAAAUUCCGUGUAUGGAAAGCUAAGGUCAGACUUUUCAAUUUCUCAUUCAAACGAGCCAGUUGUUAAUUCUGAGCUUUUGGAUUAAUUAUUGUACUGAAAAUACUUUUUUGUAGUUUUUUAAGGUCAGAAUCUUUCCAAUUGAACACUAAGUGAACAAAAUUGCAAGAGGAGUUGCCUACAGGUUGAUAAAGAAUGCGAGAAAGAGAUCGCUGAGCGGAAGAAAAAUUUUUUACGACUCAAGCGCGAGCGGGAAAGGCUUCUCACUGGCCAAAGCGAGUUAGCAAUGAAGGUUCGUUUCAGAAAAUAUUCGUUGAUCCGUUCUAAAAUUUUCAGUGUGAAGCUCUAACCGAGAACACACGGCUUCUUCGGGCUUCUUUUGAACGUCAUCAAGCUUUAUAUUUGCAAUCUAUAGUUCACAGUUUCCUUCAGGCCAAGGAAAUGAGUACAUAUAUGUAA